GAGCGUCAUUGCCAAUUGAGAUAUUGCAUGUGUUAUUGUUGCUGUAAUAGUUUCUCAUUUUUUUUGCACUCUCUUUCUCCUUUUCAUUCCAUUCCACCACGCUUUACCAUUAGUUUUCAUCAAAGUGAUGUGGCCGGUGAAUGACCUAUUUUGAUAAUAUGCAUACAUAAAUGCAAAUGCCACUAUAACAAAUCUUAGCGCAUAUUUUUCCGGUGAAAUUGUUGUUGCAUCAGUGAAAUUAUUUUUAAACUAUUUGUAUAGUGUAUUUGAUUUGAACGAAUUUAUUGAGAAGGAAAAAGCGAGGAAAAUAAACGAGAUUAAUACAAAAAAAAACGGUGGAGUGCCAGUAUUCCGACAUUGACACCAAACGACAUAAAAAAAUUUUUUGAGAAUAAAUUUCAGACAUAAUGGGUGAUUCAGAUGAUGAAUACGAUCGCAAGCGGCGAGAUAAAUUCCGUGGUGAACGUAGCUCCGGUGACAAUUAUCGUUCGGAUCGAAGAGAUGAUCGUCGAGGCAGAGAGGAUUGGCCCGAUAGACGUCGUCCAGACUAUCGUGAAUAUCGGCCACGAGAUAGAUUUUCACCAGAUCGAGGACCACCAAUGAAAAGAAUGCGAAACGAUUGGCCUGGUGAUGAUCGACGUUAUCACGGUCACGAUGGUUUUGGAGGUGGCUAUGGUGGAUGGAUGCAUGAACCUGGCUACCCACCGCAUGGUCAACAUCUUGGUGGAAAUUUUGGCAAUACACCUCCAUCAGGUGGAAUUCAUGGACGAUUGGGUGGUGCUGAACCAUUGCCAAACCCUGAUCUACAGACGCAGCCCGCAAUGUUGACGCUCAAACAAUUUUUGGCCACGCAGGAUGAUUCGAUUUCCGAUUCAGAUGCCAUUGAAAAAUAUAACGAAUACAAAGUGGAAUUCAAGCGUCAACAGCUCAACGAAUUUUUCGUAGCCCACAAAGAUGAAGAAUGGUUCAAAUUGAAGUAUCAUCCCGAAGAUUCGAUGAGACGGAAACAAGAGCAAUUGGAUUUUCUGAAGAAACGAACCGAUGUAUUUUCGGAGGUACUAGAUACUGGGCUGGUGACAAGCGUGAACGUUGACACAAAUCAAUCGGAUAAAUUAUUGCGUGUGCUAGAUACGGUUGUUAUUAAAUUAGAAGGUGGCACCGAUGAAGAUUUAAAAAUACUGGAUGAACGAACAAAUGUUGAGUAUAAACCGGAACCAACAAAAGAGACGUUAUUGUCAACCGUUGCUGCAGCCAAAGCGGCAACCGUACAAAUUGCCGCCGAACCAAAGACGGAUGGCGAUGAAGUAAAUGAAAAUGAUGAAGACAGCAGCGAUGUUAAGGAAAUUGAUGCAAACACAGCAAAUGACACAAAUUCAGGUGACAAACCGGCUAACACUGAAGAAAAAGUCAACAAAAAACGAAAACGCACUACAUCUGGCUCAAGCUCAAGUUCCGGCUCCAGUUCAUCUACGAGCGACGACGAAGAUGAUGAAGAGCAAGAGAAACCGGCUGAAAUUGGUAACAAAAAUGAAGCCUUACCCGAAUCCAAGCAAACAGAAACAAUUGUUAAUGACGAUGAUGAAGCGAUGCCAGAGUCUAAAAACGUGGAAAAUUUAAAUAAUGGCUCGCCAAACGAUGAUGAAUCCACAUCACAAAAGGGUAAAAAAGAUGCCGACGAUGGCAAAGAACUGGCCGAUGGAGAAAUUGCCGAUCUAUCGGGUGAUGAAUCAAAAGCAACCGAUGCACCAGAAACUAUUGACUUAGCCGAUUCAAAGAGUGAGACUGAUGAAAAACCGGGAGCUCGAGCAUUGCACAAGACUAGCUCAAUAUUUUUGCGAAAUUUGGCGCCAACCAUAACAAAGAGUGAAGUUGAAGCGAUGUGCAAGCGAUACAAUGGAUUUUUGCGAGUUGCAAUUGCCGAUCCAUUGGUCGAACGAAGAUGGUUCCGUCGCGGUUGGGUCACAUUCAAACGUGACACAAAUAUCAAGGAAAUUUGCUGGAAUUUAAAUAAUAUUCGAUUGCGUGACUGUGAAUUGGGUGCAAUUGUAAAUCGCGAUUUAAGUCGACGCGUUCGUCCGGUCAAUGGAAUUACUGCUCACAAAACAAUCGUACGAAGCGAUAUAAAAUUGUGCGCAAAAAUUGCUCAUAAUUUAGAUCAAAAGGCAAAUCUAUGGAUUGAUGAAAACAAUGAUAAAUCAUCGAAUGGCAAUCAAACAUCGUUUGGUUUAAAUUCAAAUAAUCCGGUGCUGCAAAAUAUCACCGAUUAUUUGAUCGAAGAAGCAUCGGCCGAAGAAGAAGAGCUACUCGGUUUGUCAACGAGCGAAACAAAGGAUAUCGAAGGUGAAACAUUGGAACGUGAUGCACAAUUGAUAAAUGUGCUCGAUAAAUUGAUUUUGUAUUUACGUAUCGUGCAUUCGGUGGAUUUUUACAAUCAUUGCGAGUAUCCGUACGAAGAUGAAAUGCCAAAUCGUUGUGGAAUUAUUCAUGCACGUGGACCACCACCACAAAAUAAAGUGACAAACAAUGAAAUUCAAGAUUACACACGCAAUUUUGAAGGUAAAAUGUCAUCGUUUUUGACAAAAAGUGUACCACUGUCGGAUACCGAAUUGAAAAAGCUCGGCGCCAAAGAUACCGAUGCCGAAGUGGAAAAAUUCGUACAGGCAAAUACACAGGAAUUGGCGAAAGAUAAAUGGCUUUGUCCGUUGUCUGGGAAAAAAUUCAAAGGGCCCGAAUUCAUUCGCAAGCACAUUUUCAAUAAGCACGGCGAAAAAGUGGAUGAAGUGAAGAAAGAAGUCGAAUAUUUUAAUAACUAUUUAAAAGAUCCGAAACGACCACAGUUACCCGAACAUCCUGGUAAUACGAAAAAACCGCCGGCCGAAGCACAACCACCACCAAGUAUGCGACCUGCUGGCUAUCCAGGACCUGGAUAUGGACCACCAUAUGGUGGCUAUGGCGGCCACAUGCCCGCUCCAAUGCGAUCGAGAGGUGGAUUCGGUGGACGAAGAGGCGGAAAUCAUGGUGGUGGCGGUGAUUAUCGUCCAAUCAUUCACUAUCGAGAUUUGGAUGCACCACGUGAACCAGACGAUUUCCUGUAAAUUAAUAUUCAUCGCGUAAAACAGUUUCCAUUGGCAGCGCAUCAUUCUCUUGUGUGUGAUUGCGCACGUAUAAAGCACACUCCAAUUUAAAAAAAAAAAUUAUAUAUAUAAAUAAUAUAACACGUUUUUAUUCCUGAUUGUCAUUUCAUCAAUUUAGUUGAUUUGUUCAUCAACUAUAUCUUUUCAAUUACAUUUUAAAUUAAAACUAUUGAAACGAAUAUUCAUGAAUCAGUAUACAGCAAAGAAUUGUUGUAAUUCGACACCCAAACAGACAGAAUUUGUAAUAGAAAUUAUGACAUUAUUAUAUAUGACCAAAAGAAAAUAGUGUUCAACUUAUAACAUAAAUGGCGAUCGUUUCAAUAGGACUUUGGAAUAGCAAGAAAAUGUCAUUUAAAUUAUCUUGAUAGUCAUAACAAGAAUGUGAAAUGUAAAAUGCAGAAACCAAUUGUAGCUUUUUAAUUCAAAUGGAAAAUAUAAUCAAUUCCAUUUACAAA